GUGCCUCGAAACACAGCGCGGACACCUUCAGUCGUAUCUUCUUCCUCUUCUCUUCAACAUUACGGACGAUGCACCGGUUGGUUCUCUGACGAUAUCUCGCGUGCACUUGCAGUCCGCUACUCGCCGAAACCAUAACCGCAGAUGUGCCGACCGCUUUCUUCCUCACGAAAUAUACGUUCUGAAAACAUCGAAAAAUAUCAAGUACGAGAUAUCUUCUUUAUAAUACUGUGAUUACUGUGAUUUGGUGAUUAAAUAAUAUUUUGGACACAUUGACUCGGUUUAAAAGUGAAACGCGUGCAUCAAGUAUAUUUGCGAUUCUGUUGUGCCGCGCUCAUCAGAACUGAUUUAAUUGAAGACAGAGAAUGGAUUGAUAACAUCGCCGGUUGAUUUCCCGACCAAGGUCGUUAACUCGCAAAACGCAGCAUGCAAUCUGAAUUCAGAAAACAAUUUAUCGCGUGUUCAGCUACGUGACUACGUGCUGUAUGUACGAGUUGCUGUGUUAUGCGAUAUCGUCGAGUGAAUCGUCAAUUCUUGUUCGUUGGUUGUUUGUGGCUCGUGCCAACCGACAAAUACGCGUUGCCUGUAAAAGUCUUUUAAUUACAAGAUAUGGGAUACGAGCCUUACCAUGGUCGUCGCGACAUCAUCGGCGAUCUCUUCGAUUGAAGAUUUUUCGAAAGAUACGCUAGGAAGGUUGCGUAUUCGGUACGUGAUGCCGGCGGCGCACCUGACGCUGCGCGAGGAGGACGUGGUGCGACUGGCCUUGGAGUUCCUCCACAGCCGUGACCUUCACAUUUCGCAGCUCUCGCUCGAACGCGAGACCGGUGUAAUAAACGGCCAGUAUAGUGAUGACGUGCUCUUCCUGCGUCAGCUGAUCCUAGACGGGCAAUGGGACGACGUGCUCGAAUUUAUCCAACCGCUGGAGGCGCUCUCGGACUUCGAUAUGAGAAAGUUUACGUACUCGAUCCUGCGUCAUAAGUAUGUCGAGCUGCUCUGCAUCAAGUCUGAGGCAAACGUCAUCGCCGGCACGAACGGCAGCGUCGACAACGCUGUAGAAGAGGUUGUCAAGGUGUUGAGCGAUCUUGAGAAGGUCGCACCUUCCAAGGAAGAGUACAGUAGUCUGUGCCUAUUGCUUACUCUGCCGCGACUGACGGAUCAUCUACAGUACAAGGACUGGAACCCAAGCAACGCCAGAGUGCAGUGUUUCCGAGAGGUUCACCCUUUGGUAGAGAAAUUCUUACCGGGUGAUAGAAAAGGUUCCGACUCUGGACAUCCGAUUACAUCGGCGAAAAACGAUCGGCUCAUUCAACUUAUUAUCAAGGGCAUCUUGUAUGAAUCCUGUGUUAAUUAUUGCCAAGCAAAAGCUACCGGGUCGAAAGAGAGUGAACAGGUGGAAAUGAGCUUUUCGAGGUUACUGGACGGAUCCGUAGGCUUCAGUGAUUCAGACCUGAGUUUGCUCUCAUGGCUUCAAAGUAUACCUCCCGAAACGUUCGCCGUACCUUUCGCACAAAGAACUCUGAACGUUGAUGUAGAGCGGCUGGAGAGGCCUUCUCUAGAGACGUCGUGGACAGAGCACAUGUUGAUUACCCCGAUCAAACCGAAAACCUUUCCGCACAGCGCCAUGCCGUUCACCAGACCAAGAUCCGCCGCGGACAUGAUGUCUCGUAGUUUAGUGCCGGCUUUGGAAGCUGGUCUUGGUCCUAGAAGUCCCAAGAACACAUCUAUACCAUCAGCGGCGCUCAUGGCGCUGUCGAUUGGCGAUGUGAAUCCUAUGUCUAGAUCGUCUUUUGCUAGCUUCCACUUAACCGGCUUCAAGAACAACAAACUCAUGAAUACUAGCGUUGAUAGACUCUUCGAGAACGAGGGUGAUGUCUUCCUUAGCUCAAAUUAUGCUGAAUUUCAACAGCUACCUUCGAUACAAGAGACCACAAACAGUCAACCUAAGGCUCCGCCAAGAACAAGAGGACACUCAAAGAGUCCCGACGGUAUGGAAGUAGAUCCUUCAGUGACGUCUACACCAGAACGUAGAAUGACUGGAAGAGAAUCACCGGCUCCCUCGACAGCCAGGAGUUCUAGAAGAGACUCUUUGACGGAGAAACCCACGGGAGUAGCGGCCAAAAUUACAGAACCGACCGCAGUUCCAGUUAGAGCGGCGGUUGCUCCUGGCGAACAUCUCGAACAAAGUUAUAAUGGUGGCUUGUUUAAAGAAUAUCAAAAGCAAAAGCAGAGGUUGCAAGAGACUAUUCAGCAAAAGGAAAGAGAGAGAGACGAGUUAGUUAGGCAAUUAGCAGCACCAUUACCAGUGCAAGUAGCUGAUAAUAGACUUCAAGGAGAUGGGAUAAAACAGCCUUUGGGAAGCAAAGGACCUUCGCCCGUUCACACGGGUACACCUGUCCGGUCUGGAAUCCAGUCGCCGAAGCCUACGAUCAAUGGAUCGGAUCCAGUCACAAGGCAAAACUCGGUACCGAGCAGCGUUUACGAUUCGAGAGUGCCGGAAGGACAUUAUGAUGUCAUCAAGCCGAAGCAAGAGCCGCGACCGGAACUCGACACCAGCAACGGAAGCAGUAAUGGCGGCGGUAGGCCGCGAUUCGUUCCCGUCACCACUCUGGAGGACGUGCAGGCGGUGCGCUGCGCCGAAUUUCAUCCCCAUGGGAAACUCUACGCCGUGGGAUCCAAUUCGAAGACGCUACGGAUAUGUGCCUAUCCAAAGUUGCAUGACGUCAGGGAGGACCAUCAGACGUAUCAACCUACAGUUCUCUUCAAGAGAACGAAGCACCACAAAGGCUCCAUAUAUUGUCUCGCGUGGACACCGGAUGGUCGACUGAUGGCAACCGGAAGUAAUGACAAGACCGUGAAAUUAAUGCGUUUCAACGCUGAUACUUCGAAUCUUGAAGGACAAGAGGUCGAGUUGACCAUGCACGAUGGUACAGUACGCGACUUGUGCUUCCUCGAGGACACGUCUAACAAGUCAAGUCUUCUGAUCAGCGGUGGCGCUGGCGAUUGCAAAAUUUAUGUUACCGAUUGCGCGACUGGAACACCUUUCCAGGCCUUGAGCGGUCACAGCGGCCACGUGCUAACGCUGUACAAUUGGGGUGGUGCGAUGUUCGUCAGCGGUUCGCAGGAUAAAACAGUCAGAUUCUGGGACUUGAGAACGAGAGGUUGCGUUAAUAUGGUCACACCUGCGACGGUACCUGGCAGCAGGGUCGGCAGUCCUGUGGCCGCACUGUGUGUGGAUCCAUCCGGUCGGCUUCUAGUAUCCGGUCACGAGGACAGCAGUUGCGUUCUCUUCGAUAUUCGCGGCGGUAGAACAGUUCAAUGUUUUAAACCUCAUGCAGCAGAUAUUAGAAGCAUACGGUUUUCGCCGUCGGCGUAUUACUUAUUGACAGCAGGAUACGACAACAAAUUGGUACUCACAGAUUUGCAAGGCGAUCUUACGAUGCCUCUACCUAGCGUUGUGGUCGCUCAACAUCAGGACAAAGUCAUUUCCGGACGCUGGCAUCCGACGGAAUUCUCGUUCCUUAGUACUUCCGCUGACAAAACGGCAACUCUGUGGGCCUUACCGCCUGUUUAAAGGCCUGUCAUGAUAACGCGUAUUACUAUUUAUUUGUUUGAGUUUUUAGAAUAUUUGAAUACACAAUAGUUCGUCUUUUAACAUAUUGCGGACGGAUUUCGUGAUAAGAUUUCUGGUUCGCAAUGUGUUAACAGCGUUGUCUGGAUAUUUUGAUUUAUUUUAAGAAAAUCGCGUUAAAAAGUUUAUACUCACAUAACUCAAUAGGUGUUAUAACUACAAAGAAAACACUGUUUUGAAGGAAUAUUAACAUUUUCAAUCUAUGUAUUUGCGCAUAGUUUAACCAUGACCAAUUAAAACCUCCUUUGUCUAAACGACUGCGUCGUUAACGUGAUGCGAUCAAAUCACGGUAUAAUGCGUAAUUUGCACACGAAAGUUAAACAUCUAAACAAUUACAACGUAAUACGCUUUAAAGACUUAACAACACGUUUACAACUUUGAGUAAAAAGAAUAAGAAACGCGCGUUAAUCGGAUGAUAUUGACCGAGUAUUGGUACGAUUGUUUUUACAAAUCUACCAAGAGUCACAAGACUGUGGAUGAAUAAUCCUUCGUUUCGAAAAGCUGCUUUACAGCUACACGAAGCUAGAUUGUUUAUCGUGAGUUUUAAACGCUCUUUGUUUUCUUUGCACAACAAGAGAGAUGAGUUUUCGAAGAAUCGAACGAUUCUUUCAUGCACGACACGCGUACCGAAGGAAUUCGCGAAAUAUUUUCUUCUGUUAUUUUUUAAUAAUUUUAGUUUUAAUCAACUAUGCUUGUGUAAAUAUGUUAAGUAAGAUAAAAAGAAAUUGCAGGAAUACGACACAGCGAUCCUGUACAGAGGACUACAAUUUCUCAUUUUUGAAUGCUCUCUUUUACUUUUCGCUCACUAUCGUGUCAUUGCAUUGUUUCAUAAUGUUGAAACGUACAACGGAUUGUUGUAUUCGUUAUUUUUAUCCUUAUUUUUGUUUUAUUUAAAAACGCAUUUUUACAAUUUUGCGUUUAACUCGCACGAGCUCGCGUGUUCAACUCACAUAGAUGCUCCUUACUUCCAUCUUAUCCAUGUUGUCGACUCACAAGCCAAAUAUAUACACGCGUUCUAGUUACAUAU